UUGAUAAUGUCGAUGUCGAUUUUACCGGCUUGCAAUGACAAAAGGUUGUUUCACACAGGAGUAGUUUCUGUCUAAUCCUAAUAUCAUUAUUUUUAUUUAUUAUUUAAAGUUCCUUCAAAUGUAUUCAGUGAAAUAAUUUUUUGGACGUUUAUAUUGCCUGUUGAAUAGUAUUAAACCACCAAAUGAUCUUAACUGGCUUAAAAGGUGUUCCAAAAGUAUCAAAACUUCAGGUUAUCAGAAGGUUAAGUUCGAAAAUUCAAAUUUUGAAUAAUGAAUCCCUACCAGUGCCUUCUUACUUCACGCUCUCUGAAGAAUUGCAGCAAAAUCAAACUGCAGCAGAAGAUAUAAUAAAUACCAUAAAGGUGCUCAAUAACUUUUUAAGUGAAGCAGAGGAAACCUGUCUUAUGAAUGAGUUGGACCCUUACAUGAAUAAAUUGCGAUAUGAGUUUGACCAUUGGGAUGAUGCAAUCCACGGUUAUAGGGAAACAGAGAGACUGCAAUGGAAUGAAGAAAAUACUAAAAUAUUGGACAGAGUUCGGAAAAUUGCCUUUCCUCCUGAUGUUGCACCGAUUAAAUUUGUCCAUAUUUUAGAUCUCGAUAAGAAUGGCUGGAUAAAACCCCACAUAGAUGCAGUCAGAGAGUUUGGCUAUUUAAGCAAAAUGAUUACGAUCAAGAACUCUACGUCAACCAGUAUAUUGUUAUUAUUAUGGUUAAUUUCAAUUAGACAAAUACCUACACAAAUUCAGAAUUAUUUUACUAGUGUAUUGCUUUUACACAUGACAAAUAUUCCUCGAUAAACCCACAGGACAAGAAAUAUUUUUUGAUUAUAAUGCAUUUGGCGUUGAGACGAAAAAUGUUUUAUGAAAUACGCAAACACUGUGAAUGAACGAAGACAUUGAUAGUAUCUUCAAAAUGAAAUAUCAUAGUCAAAAAUUGAUCAGGGGGUAUUAAAUUCAUUUAAUUGAAACUUGAAGAUGUUUUCGUUUUGUUCUCAAAUAAAUAAGAAAUUCGAAUCAAAGCGCCCUUUUGUUACUCAUUUAAUUAUUUAACUUAUUCCUUCUUUUUCAUCUCGGAUAUUCGCUUCAAAUUUCUUGCUUCCGUUAUCUUGGAAGAAGUGUAUAAUGGCAUUAACAAUAAGAAAACACAGAGUUGGAAUUACCGCUUUAUAAUAUAUCACCAAAUUACACAUAA